UGUGCAGUUGAACAAUUUCAUAUUGAACAUCAUUCCAAUUUUUGUGAUUGUGGUCUCGUUCGGGGUGUUCACUUUACUUGGUGGGAAUCUAACACCUGCAAGGGCAUUUACAUCUCUAUCUUUGUUUGCAGUGCUACGCUUUCUGCUUUUCAUGCUUCCCAAUAUCAUAACACAGGUGCUAGGAAGGUGUGGGGUGGUCUCCAAGUGACCCUAAUUAAUUUGGGGUCCAAAAUAUCCACCAAUACUCCCAAAGAUGGAAAGAUGGGUCCUAUUGUUUUACCUUUUGUCAUAGGAUGUCCUUUUGUACUCAUUCUAAUUUAUAUAGACCAAGUCAACUCCCUACAUCAUAUUAUUGAUCUCCAAUAUGUGUAGGAUCAUCCCAAUAAUUUAUAUGAUGUAUAAUUAUAAAAGAAAACCAUACCCCCAUUAUUUAGCUUAAUAAUGCCAAAGAUGGGACCAUAGGCAUUUGUAUUCUUCUCCAAUCAUUCUAUCACUUAUUUAUGACAUUACUAUUCAUA